GGCCGCUCACAUUUGGCCAAGUGGCCGCUUUCUCAUCUCAAGAUAAGCCUUCUACUCCUACUAUCCUUCCUCCUCUUCCCCUUGGAAGCUGCGGCAAUCCAAGAAGAUCUACACGGUUCUACCACGAACAAAACUGCACAAAUCCAAGAAUCCCAGAGAGAGAGAAAGAAGACCGAACAAGCUAGGAUCGAGGAGGAGGCGGAGCUGCCAUGGCGUUAUUAGCGCCCACAACUCUUCAGUGCUUCCUCACUGGGAGGCCCCUGUGCAGCAUGGCCACAGCAGCCGUCCCGCAGCUCACGAGGUCCAGGCAGCCAUCGGCGAGGCUCUCGUGCAAGGCCUCCGAUGAGAAGGACGCCACGCCGCUGUCGCGGGAAAUUAGUGGCCUCGGGGUGAAGCUCGGGAAGCUGGCUCUGGUCGCGCUGGCCGCCGGCGUGCUCGCGCUCGGUCCCGUCGACGGCGCCAUGGCCGGAAAGUCCGGCGGCAGGGUCGGCGGGAAGGCGUUCCGGUCCGCGGCGCCUCGCCCGUCCGGUCCACGGAUAAACAACUCCAGGACGAACAUCUACGUCAACCCGGGCGUGGCGCCGCCGCUGGGGGGAUACGGCUACGGCGGAUAUGGCGGGUACGGCUGGUCGCCCUUCAGCUUCUACGGUGGCCCGGGCGUCGCGGUCGGGGUCGGCGGCGGCUUCGACACGUUCGUGCUGUUCAUAGUGGCUGGGGCGGUCGUCGGCGCUGUCCGGCGGUUCCUCAACAGGGACAAGGAUGAUUACGAUGACUAGACGAGUAGAACGUGUAAUCGAUCUCAUAUCCGAUCCUUGUAAUAUAGCGAGCGAGACUAUUUCUGCUCUUGUGUCAGUCUGAAUCUUGAAGGAACAUUGUACUGAAGUUAACUGAACGAGCAGCUCAGUGUUGUGUCGCCCGUGUCGGGAAACUGCAAUUUUGUAUCCGUAACCAUCGCCGUCCUUUUGAACGUCUGGAAACGCCGCAACGUGAAAACAUUUUACAGCUA